AUGGAAGAAGAGGUCUUGUACUGGUUUAAGCUUCUUGUCAUCUCUUCCAUAGUGUUGGUGUUUGUUAUGAAGGUUAUGGUUUUGUUUUGGUGGAGACCUCGAAAGAUUGAAGAACACUUCUCUAAGCAAGGUAUUAGAGGACCCCCUUAUCGCUUCUUCAUAGGCAACGCCAAGGAACUUGUGAGUCUUAUGUUGAAGGCCUCUUCUCAACCCAUGUCUUACUCUCACAACAUCCUCCCUAGAGUCCUCUCCUUCUACCACCACUGGAGGAAAAUUUACGGUUCAACAUUUCUGGUGUGGUUUGGGACGACGGUUCGCCUCACUGUCUCCGAUCCAGACCUCAUUCGAGAAAUCUUCACUUCCAAGUCUGAAUUCUAUGAGAAGUAUGAGGCUCAUCCUCUUAUCAAACAGCUUGAAGGUGAUGGACUGCUUAGCCUCAAAGGAGAAAAAUGGGCUCAUCAUAGGAAAAUUAUCACUCCUACUUUCCAUGUCGAAAAUCUCAAACUGUUAAUUCCGGUGGCUGCGCAUAGUGUUAUUGAGAUGCUGGAAAAAAGGUUUGCCAUGUCGAAUAUCGGCGAAGUCGAAAUCGAAGUCUCAGAAUGGUUUCGAAUCUUGACGGAACAGAUGGUUACCCGAACGACCUUUGGCCGGAGUUAUGAAGAUGGAAAGUCAAUUUUCCAGCUACAAGCUCAACAAACGGUGCUUGCAUCGGAGACCUUCCAAAAAGUUUUCAUCCCUGGUUAUAGAUUUCUACCCACGAAAAGGAAUAUGAAAUCAUGGAAAUUGGAGAAGGAAAUCAAGAAAUCUCUAAUGAAAGUGAUAGAUCAAAGGAGAGAGAAUUGGGGAAAUGAAAUCGUGGAAAAUGGUCCAAAGAAUUUGCUUGGCCUCAUGAUCCAAGCAAGCACGCGGGAAGAAUCCUUUAGGAGGACGGAAUUCAAUUCCUCUACAUCCUCCAUGAUCACAGUCAAAGACAUUGCCGAAGAGUGCAAGACCUUCUUCUUCGCCGGCGACCAAACCACGUCGAAUUUGCUGACGUGGACCACCGUUUUGCUAGCAAUGCACCCAGAGUGGCAGGUCCUGGCACGUGAGGAGGUGCUCAGGGUAUGUGGGUCACGUGACAUACCCACCAAAGAUGAUAUUGUCAAGCUUAAGACGCUGAGCAUGAUUCUCAAUGAGUCCUUGCGACUAUAUCCACCGACCGUUGCAACGAUCAGACGGACGAAAGCUGAUGUAGAGCUUGGAGGGUGUAAGAUCCCUCGUGGGACCGAACUUUUGAUACCAAUCUUGGCCGUUCAUCAUGAUCAGGCCCUAUGGGGGAAUGAUGUUAAUGAGUUCAACCCCGCUCGAUUCUCGAAAGGGGUGGCCCGCGCAGCAAAGCAUCCAAUGGCGUUCAUUCCCUUUGGCCUGGGGGUCCGCCAAUGCAUUGGUCAAAAUCUAGCGACACUGCAGGCAAAAUUAACCAUUGCCAUCAUACUUCAACGGUUCUCUCUCCGCUUGGCCCCACAUUAUCAACAUGCGCCAACGGUCCUGAUGCUUCUCUACCCUCAACAUGGUGCACCAAUCAUCUUUCGACGUUUGCAUGAUCCCCUUGAUAGCGAAGAUCAACGGCCCUAA